GGUAUCAUAUUCUAAAAGCAACAGGCCCUUCUAACUGCGGGUUAGCUAUUUGAUAUAAAACAUGGGGAUUAUUGGCUAGACUCUCAAAAUGCGGGGCACAUAACACCAAGCCAUACACCGAUGUCACCUUCACAAACUCUCUCUCUCUCUCCAGAUCUGUUUCUUUGGAUAACAGAACCGAUUACGUCCCCUCUUCUAGUUCCUCACACCCAGUAUCCCCCCCCCCCAAGGGAAAAAUCAUCACCCCAUAGCACAAAUCUGUACAAAUCAAUAUCGAAUUACCAGAAAGGCAAACAUUUUUAAAGGAUGUUUAUAGCUAGAUUAUUUCCCCCGAACUGGCAAAUUCCCUAAAGCAAAGUAAAUACUUCUCAGCCUAAUGACUAUUAAUUAAAAGGGAAUGCUUUACACCCAAGGAGAAUUAACUGUUGUUCGCAGAAUGUAUCUCCUUCCUCUAAUUCGUUUGUCUUUGUGCCAAGGAAACAUUCCAUGAAUAUUUCAGCACAAUAAUCUGUUUAAAAAACGAAACUGGAUUUAGUGUAAUAUUUCUCCCCCCGCCCCCCAGUGCACAGAGACUCAUAUGGUUGCAAUAAUCUAAAAGCAAGAUCUCCUUUUCCGGUAUACAUUGGUUGAGAUUUACAGCUAGCAGGGGACUGCAAGAGCAACCAGAAAUAAAGGAGGGAGUGUUGCGGGAGGGGGAAAGGUAAUUGAAAAAAAAAUCGGUUCUGAUGUGCAAAUUGUAGAUAAAGACUUCUGAUGAGGGAGAGGGGAAGAGGGAGAUAACAAGAAGCAGUCAUUUCUAUUCAGUGAAGCCGCCAAAUCAGAAAGCAGUGCUGAUCUUAUUGGAGGAGAGCCUUCAACAGCAACUAAUCCUGUCGUAUUGAGAGAAAAUUGUAAAUGUUCUCUGCAGAAAUUGCCUGCCCGUUGCAGCUAAUCGAACACACACAGAGCACAAGGGGGAGCCGCCUGGAGAGCCGAACUCCCCUGCUAACAAGGGAAUGUAACAGAGAAGUUCACCUAGGCGCUUCUUCCCAGCCGGUCCUUGUCUCUCCAGGAGCGUUGGGGAGGGUGGGGGAAGACUGAAUGAUUCCCGACCCACUUAAGAGACCCAGCCUCUGCUAUGUUGGAGUCUCGUCGAAACCGUUGAGCCCGGUCUGAUAGCACUGUUGCUCUACAUUUAAAAAAAAAACAAAAAACCAAAAGCAAUCAAACUUGAGCGGAGGCAGAGGCUCCAAAGUGCCAGAAGCCGCUGAGUGGGUCUGCGUGUUUGUGCGUGUGACAAACUCGAUCAGCGCGGACAAUACCACCUCGUCUUGCCCAGAGCUUUCAAACGGGUGCUCUUUCCCCCCCGGUAUCACAGCGCCGACUAAUCUGUCUCUCUUCCCCCCUCCCUCCGCCGACCCACCCCCUGUCGAAGAUAUGGAAGGGAAAGAUAAAGAGGCUGCCGCCGGACUCUGACUGUGUGCAGUCUGCUCGUUGCUUCCAGGGCUGGGUGGACUUCCCAAUCGCCCUUUCCAGCAAAUCGCCGGCAGCGGGGGAGGAUGCAACUUCUCGUGACUGCAUUACAGAUGAUGGCAUCGUAAGCGUCUACAGUUCGUCAGCAUAGCCGAGCUGCAUUGCCUUCAUUCCUCACACUGCUUUAGAUGCCAGUAUUGUCUUUGACAGUUGCAGCAGGAGCCCAGGCCCCUGAACCCACCUCCGGGUUUAAGUGAUAAUUGGUCAUCAGGUUUCUUGUUAGAGACACAGAAAUGAAUAACUCAACUUACAUAAACUCCUCUGCCGAGGAUGUUAUGGCACUGGGGAGUCCCUAUAAAACUGUUGAGGUGGUCUUCAUAGUCCUGGUAGCAGGAUCUCUCAGUCUAGUGACCAUCAUUGGGAACAUCCUGGUCAUGGUGUCCAUCAAAGUCAACAGGCACCUGCAGACUGUCAACAACUACUUCCUGUUCAGCUUGGCAUGUGCCGACUUGAUUAUUGGUGUCUUUUCCAUGAACCUGUACACACUUUACACUGUGAUUGGCUACUGGCCCUUGGGGCCCGUGGUAUGUGACCUGUGGCUGGCUCUUGAUUAUGUGGUCAGCAAUGCCUCUGUCAUGAACCUUCUCAUCAUCAGCUUUGACAGAUAUUUUUGUGUCACCAAGCCUCUGUCGUACCCUGUAAAGAGGACCACUAAGAUGGCGGGUAUGAUGAUUGCAGCUGCUUGGGUGCUGUCCUUCAUCUUGUGGGCGCCUGCAAUUCUGUUCUGGCAGUUCAUUGUUGGGGGAAGAACUGUUCCUGACGGGGAGUGCUACAUCCAGUUUUUUUCCAAUGCUGCUGUCACCUUUGGCACUGCUAUUGCAGCCUUCUACCUGCCCGUUAUCAUCAUGACCAUCCUCUACUGGCAGAUAUCUCGUGCCAGCAAGAGCAGAAUAAAAAAGGGAAAAAAGGAACCAGCACAAACCCAGGAUCCAGUUUCUCCCAGUUUGGUCCAAAGUAAAAUAGUGAAACCAAACAAUAACAACAUCCCAACAAGUGAGGAUGGGUUGGAGCACAGCAAAAUUCAGAAUGGUAAAGCCACAGGAGAGGCUGUGACAGAGAACUGCAUUCCAGGGGAGGAGAAGGAGAGCUCUAAUGACUCCACUUCCAUCAGCGUGGUUGCUUCCAAUGUGAAGGAGGAUGAAGCUACCAAAGAGGCCACCAAGGCUUCUGUCUCCCAAGUCCACUCGAAAGGGGAGAAUUCCAAGCUGACGUGCAUUAGGAUAGUUACUAAGUCCCAAAAGGGUGACUGCUGUGCCCCAACCAACACCACCGUGGAGAUUGUAGGUACUAAUGGCCAAAAUGGGGAUGAGAAGCAAAACAAUGUGGCCCGUAAAAUUGUCAAGAUGACCAAGCAGCCAGCCAAAAAGAAACCACCCCCUUCUCGAGAAAAAAAAGUGACCAGGACUAUCUUAGCUAUUCUCUUGGCCUUCAUCAUUACCUGGACACCAUACAAUGUGAUGGUGCUCAUCAACAGCUUCUGCGUCUCCUGCAUUCCCAACACUGUAUGGACUAUUGGUUACUGGCUCUGUUAUAUCAACAGCACCAUCAACCCUGCCUGCUACGCGCUUUGCAAUGCUACCUUUAAGAAAACCUUUAAGCACCUUCUUAUGUGUCAUUACAAGAACAUAGGAGCCACAAGGUAAAAAUGAAAAAAUGAAAGAGGGGAAAAGUUCCAAGUUUUAAAAAACAAUGCCAUAGCACUUUAUUCUCUAGUGUGGAACAUGCAAUCAAGGAACCUAGUGGAUUCACUGACCUGGGGUGUCAGCUCUGUCUUUGAGAACUGCACUUAAAACCUUUUUUAAAUUAUUAUUAUUAUCAGUGGAUCUUGGGGAAGUGGUGAUUGAAUGAGUGGUCAGUAGGGAAUGUGGACUUGAGGCACAGUUCCUUGUUUCUGUUGGUAUCAUGCAGAAGGGCUUUUUGAGUCUAUGAUUUUUGUCCAUUCUUAUAGAAUAACAAUAAUCUUUGUGUAUGUGUCUGUCUGUCUGAAGGAAAAAAUGUAAGGACACUUUGACAACAAAUAAAACAUAACUAACUGGAGAGGGGAGGCAAGAUGAAAUAGAGGGACACUGAGCAAUUCAAACUCACCUUGCAAAGACUAUUUCCAAAGUUAAAAGCUGACAAUUAUUUUUGUCAGGGUCUCAUGUUGAGAAUCUUAAAGGUAGGCUAACUAUGACAGCUAAUAUAUUAUCUUUACCUCUCUCCCAUCACCAAAAAUAUAUCAGACAAAAAUAUUCUUUAUCUCACCAUGAAUCCCAUGAUUCACUAUCCAUUGUUCCAAGCAUAUCAGCUUUCUUCUACUGGGGGGGUUGAUCCCAUGGUGCCAAUGAAAAUAAAAGGGAAAAAAGGAGGUCCUUUCCAGCUUGCUGUACCACAGAGAGUGUCUUGAGGCCCUUAUAAGCCAACGUCUUUGAUAAUUUAGCUCACUUAAGCUCUUUUAUGUGCUAUCCCCCAGGAAGUUGAAUUUUUCUUCAGUCAGCCUUUUCUUCUUUUUUGCACCUCCCUGCCCAGGGCAUAAGGAUUGAAAAUCAAAGCCUGCUGUGAAUUAGAAGUUUUCAUCAAAUUAACAACCAUGUGGCCCAAAUCAAGGAAGUAAGUUGAGACCAGCAAGAGCAGUUGUUAAUAGGUAAUGACAGAGUUAUAUCCAUUUCCAGUAGGCACAGACUUUAUGUCCAGGAUUUGCUUGUGGCUCCCAGAGGUGAAAGGUUAACAUAAGAAAGUCCAUCUUAAUUUCCAACAGAGAGAAGGUUCCUACUAAUGUAUUUGUUCUAAGGAAGGGAAUAACUGCAUGCAGAUUACUGUGCCCACUUGAAGUGACUCUGGGUAUGUUCCUGGAAUGAAGAAGCCAAAGUCCUUCUUAGGCAUAUGGUGGGGACUAUGUAUACUUUAUGGAAAAGAUACAAUGCUGGCCAUGUUUCCUUUUGUAUCAGCAUGAAGCAAUAUUAUCUCUACCUAUCAGGGGAUAACAGUAGUAAAGGGGCAGGGAGGAAAACAGUGGUUACACAGAUAUAGGCCCUGCAAUAUCAUUAUUUUAAAAUGUUCCAAAAAUUGUCUGUUACUGCAGAGAAUUGACUCCUCCUGUCUGUAGAAUAGCUACUUUUGCAGUAUUUGAUAGAUAUUGUGGCAAAAUUGAGCACUGUGUGAAUUUGGCAGAGUGCAUCAGAUUAAAGUAGACAGCUAUUCCGUGCAAGAUUUGCAUCUGUCAAUAUUCCUCCUCUCAUUGACAGUUCCAGACACUUUCAAAGGUAUACCCGUGGAUUUUGCUAUCCAAAGAGUAGCCUUCUACAGUAACAUUUCCGUGGGGUUCCUUCAUUGUAAUCCAGAAAUAUUCACCAUCAUCUGGAAUGAUGUUCACCCAAAAAGUAGACAACUAAGUCAUCUAGGUACAUUAUCCUACUAUAUUACAGUCUUCCAAAGUGAACUUCAAAAUAGCAGCCUUUUGGAUUACAGGGAAAUUAACCUUGAUGACUUAACAUUUAACCUUUUCAGAUGCUCAACUGAACUGUGGAUUGGGGCACUAUGGAAAGAUUUCCAUGGACUUCAAACAGGACAAAGCAUUAGGUUAACAGAACAAAUGCUUGCUCACUAAGGGUCUGAUUCUGCAACCCUUACAAUGAACAGCAUUAACUCCCAUGAGUCCAGCUUUACUGUGAUUACUCACUUAAGGAAGCGCUGCUCAGUGUAAGGGUUGCAAAAUUGAUCCCUAAAUAUCUGUCAAAGCUACUUUCACCUGAUGUGUCUUGAAGGCCUAAAGGAAGUUAUCUAGCCAUGUUUCAGCAGUCUGUGUUGUUUAUUCUCUUCCAAAUGGUGAAAAAUCCAGAGACAAAAAUCAUAGAGAGUGAAAUAUGUUCACUUUCUAUACCUUUCUUCAGGAAAGAACAGCUUUCCAAGAGACCACGGCAGUUCCUCCCUCCCAGCAAUAACACAUUCCCAAAGGGGGAAAGUAGGAGCAGUAUAUUCUGCCCUGAAACCACUAACAGUUCAACUUGUAACCUUGGGCCUCUGACAUGUGCCCAGGCUCCAUUCUGAACUCUCAAGUCAUCACCAGGACACGAAUUACAAAUCCACUUAGCACCACGAGGCACAUCCACAGGUUAAAAAGUACAGCGAUACAUUGCAUGACAUUCUGCUGCAUCUCAUGAUGUGAUGAGACACAGUGUGAUGCAAAGAGAAAUGGACAUUGUGCCAAAGACCCGCCAAGAGAUGAAACACAACAUACAGCUUUCUAAUGCUUCUUCCUAACACCCAUCACUAUCUUUGAGCCCAUGAAAAGAGAGACUUUAUUUCAAAUUGUAUUAACAGAUAGCACAUUUGAAAGGAUACAGAAACUGCAUAGUGUACUAUACUUUACCCUUAGUGUAUGUUUCCUACUUGUAUGUAAAAUGUCUGUCCGAUACACAUACGCACACAUUCUUCAAAACUUUAGAGUUCCAAACAUGAAAUAAUGUGUCUGCAAACACACACACACACAAGCAUACAGCAUACAUGUGCAAUAUAAAAUUUUCAAUAUUCAGUGUGAUGCAUGAGAAUGAUAGCCGUGCUGCUCUCCUUAACAUCUAAUGUGAGGUGCAAGACAAAUUCCUAUUCAUCAUGCUGUGUAUACCCUCCUUGUGACACUGAGGCUCAGAAAGCCUCACACAAUCUGUAAGGUUUAAAUUCAGUUUGGGGGGUGGAUUAGUGAGAUCCCAUAGGAAUAGUCUCUCAUGACUACAUCGUAAUUUGUUCUUUCAAACAAAGCGGCACUGGUUAAAAAAACCUAUCUGGGUUUUAUAAUCCCUCUCCCCAUGCCUUUCCUUGUUCUUCCAAAUCUACAGGAUACUUCACAUUCACUUCUUUCCCCUUUGGAUUAUAGUUCUGCAGGCUGUAAAUGUGAUUCUUAAGAAAAUGGUGCCUUCCACCUACCCAUUUUAGCUCCUCAUUUGUCAUCUGAAUCUGUCAGCUUCACUGACUGACAAAAACCACUGUUGUUGGUGCUAAGGAACCAAUGAAACAGUGGAAAUAAGAGCUGCAUUCUGUUCUGCUCCAUGCAUCAGCAACCCUAGCACCAGCUAUCUUUGUCAUACUAGACCCAUUAUCUUUGUAAUGCCAGUGGCAGAAGAAGCCCAGCUGGAUUUUUCACAUUACAUGCUGAGCUUUACAUGCAAUUUUAGCAAACUGUACAUGUGACUCAUUAAGAAAAAGAAACAUGGAAGACAAUUUUCACUACUUGUUCCCCCUCAUUGGCAGGCUCCAGACAGAGGACAAGACAUGACCAGGCACUGAGUCUGAACCACUCUUUCUUCCCCAUAAAGGUAGUCCCUCUAGGUCAGGAUUGAGUCACAUCUUUCAGUCCAGUGUAGGAAGACUUGCAAGUGUCACUGUCCAGUCUAUAGCAGCUUUCUGAGGAGAGGACAACAGCCUGAAGGCAUGUCAAUAUGGCCCCUUUUGUGAGCAUUAACAUCAUUUUAGAGGGGAAAAUGGUAGAGAUAUCUCAACUGUCAGCCAAAGUAACAUUGAGAAAUCUGCUUUCAGCUGUGUGCAAAAACCUAAGGAACAUUCUGGUCAGCCAUCUGUUUGGCAUUUUUACUUGAUUUAUUAGGAAUCACAGGGGUCCAUUUGGACGUAGAAAUGCUUUUGAUUGUUGCCCUGUGAAAAAUGGGCCGUGCAAAACAAAAGCAAGUCAAAAGAUAUAAGACUUUUUUCCUCUCAAAUGACAGUAAAGACUGGUGCCGAAGGGUCAGAUCCUGGACACUGGUUGUUUUAGACCCAGCAUAGCAUGGAGGGGAAAAAUGCAUCUGUAAAUUACCUUUUCAUUUCCCUAAAGCCAGUAGAUGUCUGGGCUGGAGGAGCAAUUUAGAGUACUCCUGGUGUGUACAAAAUUACACCAGCUGCAACAUCCCCCAGCAGUCUCUUUGCCUUGCCAUGGUCCCAACUCAGCCAGCAUACCAAGGCCCGGAAAGUAGGCUAUGAACAUCCAGACAUGCUGGCUGUAAUGCCACUCCAAAUUCCCUUACACUGAGGAAAGUGGCAGAUGGCCAGGGAAGCAAAUUUUCCAGAUGUUUCUAUGCUGCCAGAGAGGUGCAAAGCAGAUGAAAUAGGGGUCAUAAACUAGCCCUCUGUUGAUUUAUUAUGGGAAGGGGACUCUAGGAUAACGUCUCACUCACUCAGACUGCUUCAAAAAAUGAUGAUCACAUGGAAAUGUUUUGGGACUAUCCCAUGCAUCUCCUUUAUAAUAUAAUUCCUAUUCCUGUUCCUCCCAUCUCACUUCCUGAUGAGUGGUCCUCUUUUAUAGCAUCAGAAGCAGUUGCCAAAUCAGUAAAAAAUUGUUUCUGAAGUAAAAGUCCCAGAUUCACCUCUGUGCUUUGGUUGCUUUAUGAUGCUGGGACAAUAUUAAGGCAAGCUGGCCUACGCAGCCAGUGUGGGUGUGUGGGAAGAGGCUGAAAGAGAAGGCCAGCUACUCUGUGACACCAGUCAGCCAAUGAAGGAGAUUUUAGUGGUGUUUGCAGCAGGCUCCUGGAUUGUCUGGCUGAGGUACAGGACAGUUAAUAAAAGGGCCAGGGCAGGCAAAGAGGGCCCCUUCCUUGCUCUACCUCACCUCACAGCUGGAUCUGCACUUGUUGCUCCUCUGCAAUUCAGGGUGGCGAACCUGCUGGAUUCCCCCCUUCCACCACUGCUUAGCUUUGAUUUCGAGUAUCUGGGGCUAAUUAAAGACUCUCCCAUUCCCAGGGCUUUGUGGCUGCCCUAGGCUCCAUUUGCUGAUGGAUUUUACUCUUUUAUACUGCCACAAUGUUCAAGCCUUUCCCCUCUGGCAGAACCACCAGCCACUCUGUCUGGCAGAACCACCAGCCACUCUGACUGCUCUAUGCCUUUCCAACACACAGCAGCCAUUCACCUAGCUUUAACCAGCCCAUUAAAUAACUUUGUGUUCCAGAAGUGGCGCUGAUAUAUGCUGCCGAUUCUGGCCACAAUUUUUAUUUUAAAACCCCAUAUGAAUAACUCAGAAAGUCACAAGUCAAUGCUUUUAUUGAUCGAGAAGCCAAAUUCAUACCAAGGAACAGAUUGCCAGACAAUAAAAGGUCUGUCUUAAGGGGGUAGAUUUUCGAAGGCACAAAGAAGAGUUGGGCAACCAAAGUCAAUGAGAGUUAGGUGCCUAAAUGCCCUUUGUGCCUUUGAAAAUCUCCCCCUAAAUAUUAAUGUAGACCCAGCUGGUGGAAGAGUAAACACUUGAAAUUAGGAUGAUAAAAGUGGGUGUGACUUUUUUUAUCCAACUCUUUUGUGCCCCAUGUAUAAUGCCCCGGGCUGUGAACAAAACUUCUGCCCAUGUAUCCUCUGUCCAUGUUGUUGCACUUCACUGUAGACUUUAAAAAGAAACAUUUUUUUAAUUUAAAAAACCCUUGCCCCAGUGCCAUACACUGGUAGAGGCCCCCAACUUUAUUUUUCCCCUUCUUUUCCCACUUCUCCCCCUCUGUCAUGUUCUUUGAAAUAAAGCCAUGUUUCCUCCCACUUUGCUGCUUUAACUAAUGUCUUCCCAGGCAUUUAAGCAAUGGAUCUGCAGUUUCUCUCAUCUUUCAGACAUAGGGAGUGCUAGUAUACUGAUACUUCUGCCCUGCUAGAUUCAUGCCAUUUUGUAGCAUGCAAGUCAGCCUGAUUCACUUCCAUGUUCUUAGAUGUACUACUGGAGAUAGUAACCUCAAAUCAAAAUCCCUUUUAAAUGCUUUAAUUUUAGAAAAAGCAACACAAAAGCAAGACAGUCCUCUCCUUUCCCCUUUGUAAAAGUGUAUCAGCUCCAAACCAGAAAAAACAUAGGUAAUAAUGGAGACUACAUAUUGUCAUGAUGAAAUAUUACAUGACAAAACACCAUGCAGUGGUCUGUGCAUCAUAAAAUGACAAACUGGGGGCCCUGUCAUCCAUCCUGAGCUACCAAGGUACUGUUAAAAUAUUCUAAGUGCUCUCUGACUUCCACUGCCUUUUUCACUAGGGAAUCCCAACACUUGGACUGUGACCAGAGCCAGUCUGAUUUUGAUCAGCACCACACACGGCAACCAAUGUCUUGCAAAUAUUUUCUUUCAUAGUUUUACUUCCCUCAAUUUUCUAUAAUGGCCUUUUCUUCACUAUGGAAGAGGGGAAGAAGUAGCACUGCUACAUACAUAUCAGUGUUCCUUGUGCUUGAAUUAGAGAGGUAGCUGGUGGAUUUGGCACACACACACAUUAAUCUGCUGCUGCCUGAAGAAAGAAAAAAAAAGUGGACCACCCCCCGCUCCAUAUCUCUGUCUAGUCUUUCAUCUGACGUAUGGAGACUGCCAUUUCUCUUCUUUGAUAUGGUGGGCAAAGUUCACCCCUGAAUUGUAUUUAUGAAGGAGCAUGCAUGAAAAGCUUUUCCUGUAAGAUCUCCCCAACUGCACUGACUCUCUGGGAGACUUUGGUAUCUGGCGGUAUCAGAUGCAGUAUCACUGUAGUAGUCAUUAAAAUGGAAGGUCCUGUUUCUGCUGCCCUUCAUGACAAAGGGUAUGUUUCCAUGUGUUUAACAUAUACAUUGUUUCACCCUCUGGCACUGAAAAAAGCACAGUAGGCUGGGAAACAAGACAAACUUUCUGUUCCCAAAGCUCCAGAUGGACAAGCAGUGUGAAGGCAUUCUGGCAUUACCGCUUUUCAUCUGCUCUGGGGAGGCUCAGAGGUUUUGGUUCCACAGAUGAUUCCAUCUUUAAAGUUCUACCCCAAAGAUAUCCAUCCUUUUCUGAAGCACAUAAUAGUGAUAAUAAUAAUAAUAAAAAUAUAAUAGGUGAGACUGUGCCAUGGUCAGUAAUAAACUGACCUUUUUAUGACUUAUCCCUUAACUUCUGGUGCCAUUUUGAGGAGGUCAUUGGUGAGCUUGAGUCUAACAUUCAAACUGUAAAUACCUUUAAGCAGUGUGUUUUAACAUGACCAACAGCAUACCUUGGCUAUGUACAGAAAUAAUACAAUAUGUGUAAUAUUAUCAAGAUAAGGUUGCAAUGUAAAUAUAUCUACAAUGAAUGUUCAAUUACUCUUCAAACUGUAUGUACAAGGAGGGGCCUAGUCUCCUCUUGAAAUCUAAUUUUUUUAUUAUUAUUUUUUAUCUCAAGAGUAUGAAAAUCCUAUUGUUAAUUUGAAAAAUUCAGUAUUCUUGUCUUAAAAGAAAUAUUCUGUAUGAAAAAAGUGCAUUAAAUGUAAAUGGUGUCCAAAAUCAUAUGGCAAGAUUGAGAAAUGAGACGCAUACAAACCAGGGCUGCUGGAAUUUGGUAGCAUUCUUGAUGCCAUACAUUUGAUCUCAUAUAAAUAAGAUAAGCACAAGUUUUAUGGUUGGCUAUGUAAAGCUAACCCACGUUAUUAUAUAUACCAUAUAUAUAUAUAUUUAUAUAUACUGUAUAGAUAUAUACAUAUUAUAUACAGCAUUCACACAGUGAAGGAAGCACUUGGUAAAGAGACAUUUCUGGGAAUUUGUGCUUAAUGUUUCAGUUCAGAGGGAACAAAGACUGCUAUACAAUUACAUUAGGACAUGUUAUGCAGGCUGAGGAGCGUCAUAGCCAGCUAGGAAGGAGAGGCUCCAAUAUAACAGUUAACGAGGAUUGAGAUGAUGAGGGUUUGAAAUGUUUUGAAGACAAAAUGAAAAUUACAUGCAAUAUAUGUGUAUGUACCUCUGCUGAGUUGUAUUCCUAGUUGAAGCAUUGCAUUAAACAUCAAAAUAUAAUAAUAAUAAUAAUAAUAAAACUGGUUUUGUAUGUGGUA